CUAUGUGUGCCCUGGGGUCACCGGCGAUGGGAAUGCCCGUCCUCGUUCUGCUCCUGGCCGCGUCUCUGUGUGGCGACGGAUUUCUCCGGCCCAAAAUGAGUCCAGCGCUGGGGCGGGCAUGGCUGGUGGCUCUGGUAGGAUGCGGAAUGCUCUUCCUCGACCUGUUGUGCCCCGUGUCUCCGUGUGGCAACGGAUUUCCCCGGCCCACGGUGCUGCCAAUGCUGCCGCCCUGCAACGGUCUUCCCCGGCAGGUGCUGCUGGUGGCGAUGGUGGUACACGGGAGACUGGAGAGAGGCAAACCCAGAAUCAAGGACCACGGGCUGGACAUUCGCGUCGCCGUCGUCGCCCGCGUUUCUGGCAGCGUCCUGCUCCGGUAUCUGGACCGCAACCAGGCUCUGCCCUGCCGGAGGCGUCCUGUGAUGCGGUGAAGCCUCCCCCAUGCAUUAUUGAUUGGAGUGAUCAGGUGGCCAGUGCUGUUGAGGAUCUUGCAAGGGCGGUGACAGUGACUGUAAUCGGGGAUGAACCGCUUGCUUCGGCAGAUGAGGUGGCAGCAGUGCUUGCUGCCAGGAUCGAUGUGGUUGCCAGCUCUCUGGUGCUUCGUCGAGCUUCUCCAUCAAGUUACUUGCUGUUUCUUCCUGACUUGGCCUUGGUUGAUCGUUUGGUUGGUCUGCAGCAGCCGGUUAGCUGGUCCACGUACAACUUCAGUCUCCUAUGCAAGCGAUGGAGUCGGCUGUCUGGUGCCCGUGGUUGUGUUCUGCCAUUCUUGAUCGAUAUUGAGCUUCGCGGCAUUCCUGCCCAUGUCUGGGAAACCUCUACGGUGGAUCGUUUUUUGAGUCCUCAUGCUUGGGUUCAGCAGGUUCAUCCUGAUACCCUUGGACUUGUGGACUUGUCUUGCUUCCGGUGCUUGGCCUGGUGUUCAGACCCUUCUGCACUUCCAUCUACGAAGGAGCUCUGGGUGGUGGAGCCACCAACGUCCGUCGUGGAGAAUCCUCCGGUUAUGAGGGUUUUGGCGUACCCUAUCAAGUUGCAGUUCUCUGAUGCUCUCCGCCCGGGGGGUUUGGACCCGAGUCCUCCUCCCUCUGACGGAGGGGAUGAGGAUGACAAUGACUCUGCAAGGCGUCGCCGGCGUGUUCGUUUUCCCUCGUCACCUCCUAGUUCAGGCCCGAUGGGAGGCGGAACUUCCGGUCAUGACGGUUUACUGCUUGAGACCGUCCAGGGGAUGUCUCAUGUGGGCCGGUCUGGCUCUCAGCUAUUGGCAGCGGCUGCUAAGGAGGCUGCCGAGGUGCAUGUCUCUCCAGGUGUCGAUCGCCCUACACCCGCUGUGGUGUCGCGUGCUCGGGAGGAGGUCUCGGUGCCCGAUGAGUUGGCGGCAGAAAUUGAUGAGGUGGCUGCGCGCAGUCCCGAGGAUGUCGCGGGGGGUAGCUCGAACAUCGAUGUUGUGCGCACCCACGACGAGUUCCCCUCGAGGCUCAAUGUGGGUCGUGGGCCGAUCUCCUUGGAUGGCGCCUUUGGGCCAGUCUUGGACCAUUUUGAGUUUGAUGUUCCCAAUGGGCUGGGCUGUUUCUCCCAAUUGGAAGCUGCUAACGUGAAUAAUUUUGGUCCGAGCAUGGGUGAGGCUACGGUCUGGAUUUCCCCCGGCCAGCCGGUGGGGGCGUGCUCCGGCGUGAGUCCCCCUACUGACUUGGCUACGGAUGGAGCCUUAUCUCCGGCCUCGCCGUGUUUGCCUCAACGCUCCCCAGUGGCCUCCCCUCCAGAGCUCCUCUCGCCGCCCCCUGCGAAUGGCCCUGUGGCCUCUCCCGCCACCUUUCCUGCUCCAGAAGACGGCGCCGCCCCUGGUCACGCGGACUUUUUCCCCGCCCUGGGCACUCCGCAUACUCCUGCUCCUGGUUCUAGUCGGGGGCCAGUGGAGGAGCCGGGGUGUGUCCUGUUGCCUUCUGGGAUGGUUGCAGGCUUCCCUCAGGUGUACUCCCGCAAGCGUUUCCGCUCUCGUGCGGCCAGAUCCGUGCUGGAUGCCAGCACCCCUGCUGAGGCACCUCUAGCUUCUCCGCUGCACAGGCUCAACAAGGUUCUUUUCAGGGGAACGCAUUGGCUUCGGCAAUGGGAAAGAUUGCAGCGGCAUGAUGAUCUAAAGGAUCAACUGAUUCUUGCGGGGCAAUACCUAGAGACAUCAGCUUUACAAUUUUUUAGUGCCACUGUAUGGUUAUCUACUAGACAUAUUGGUCUUGCUUAGGCUUUUUCCUUCCUUGUUUGGCUAUGGAAGUAACUCUGUAAUAAUUGGUUUGAUUCUAUCUGCGGAUAGAUGAGGCCGGAUAUGAACUAUCCUUUAUCUAAAAAAGAAAGCUUCUGAGCCCCCGCCAUAGCCCAAAGACGACUCUCCUCUAUAGCAAAAACCGUGUCCAAAACACAUCUAUUUCUAACUGUUUUUUACUGUUAAA